GGUGCACUUGAGAUUGCAUAUUUCUAAGCCUAACUUAUAUCUUCUUCCGGCCAAAUGAAGUUAAGUUUAAAUGAAUAAGAAGUGUAGGCGUAAAUUGUAACGUAGUGUUUAUCAAUUUAUAUGUUUUGCUACUUAUAUAAGUAAUACACGUGUACUACAAUAUCAGCGUGUUUGUACUUUUUGACGCUGAAAAUGUUUGGUGUGCUAUUAAAAAUUAUGUUAUUUUCCUUCGUUAUAACUAUCAACCUAUUACCAGUUUAUGCCAGCCCUAGAAAUGACGUUUCAGAAUUGUCUGGCGCAAGAAUUAAUAAACUUGCUGAUCGUAAAGAAUGUGCAACAGAUAUUCGUCGACUUUGUGAUCGAAGCAUUUUAAACAAUGACUUUGCUGUUUUAGAAUGCUUGCAAAAUGACAAGGCUCAAGAAGAUGCAGAUUUGACAGCUGAGUGUCAUCAUGUAGUGUGGAAUUUCAAAAGGAACAUUACUCUUGAUAAUAGAUUCAGCUCAGAGGCAAGAAGAAAAUGCCCUAAAUUGUUGGCUGAAAAUCCACAGUGCCAGGAAUUGAGUAUGGUUAGAGGCCAGAUGCUGUCUUGCCUUAUAGAUCAUAUUGAUAAUGCAACAGAAACAGAAUGUCAUCACUUUCUUAACAAAAUGGAAAUCAUAAUUUUUAGUGAUUAUCGGCUUAUAUACAAGUUCGCUGAGGCAUGCGACAAGGAUAUCCAGAAGUUGAAAUGUGGCCGACUGGAGUCUAAUUCUGAAGCCAUCCAUUCUCAAGGAGAAACCAUCGAGUGUUUGUCAAGAGAGACGGACAAAUUGAGCACUGACUGCCAGCACGAAAUCUAUCGUAUUGCCGAGCUACAAGCUGAAGACUUUCAUCUCGACCGUCCUCUCUUCUUUGCUUGCCGUGAAGAUCGUGAAAGAUUCUGUGAAAAAGUAACAUCUGGAGAUGGACGUGUGUACCGUUGCCUGAUGAGACAUAAGACAGAAAGAGAUAUGUCAAAAGAGUGCCGUAAAAAACUCUUUCAACGAGAAAAGAUGAUAGUGCACGACUACAAAGUCAGUAGGGGUCUAACAAAGGUGUGUCGAGAAGACAUCAAAGCUUAUCACUGUCGUGACAAAACAUCCAACAGACGACCGUUUCGACUAGAACAAAUUUUGUUAUGUCUUGAAAACGUUCAGCAUAAAGGUUAUCCAGUUUCUCCAGAGUGCAAGGCUGAAAUGAUAGAGCACAGAAAGUCUCUCCUAGAGGAUUAUCGACUUACUCCUAAUCUAGCAUUAGUGUGUGAAGAUGAUAUUGUAGAGUUUUGUGGGAAAAAUUUUGAAAUUGGAGGCAAGACUUUACACUGUCUGAUGGAUCACUCUCGCCGCAGUAGUCAAAAAGGGAGAAAAAUCAGUGACCAGUGUCAGCGUGAGGUUGAAGCUCUCUUGAAAGCAGUGGACAUUGGUGAGGACUGGAGACUUGAUCCUAUUCUUCGAGAGAACUGCAAGCCUGUUGUGGAUUUGCUUUGUAAAGAUAUAAGACACGGAGACGGAAAUGUCCUCUCUUGCCUCAUGGAUCACUUGGAUGGAGCACACAUGAUCGAUUCGUGCCGGACAACACUUCUUCAGAUUCAGUAUUUUUUAGCUAGGAACUUUGAGUGAGUGGUGCAUGAUUUUUAUCUAUAGAU